ACAAACACAAACCCUAAUCACGAACAACGACAAUGGUGAAGCUCGCAUCGGCACGAGAGAGCCGAAUGUACGGGCCCCGGCUAUCCAGGAACCGGGCGGAGUACACAAACGCUGGGCUGUAUGUCUUUGCUACGAUUGUGCUAUUGAGUGGCUUUGCAGCCGAGUUUUCCAUGGAACCCAAGUCCGGUUUGGUGCUAUUGCUUAUAGCUUUAGCGUUGAUAAUGGUUGUUAAUAUUCAUGAUCUUAUUGCCCAUCUCGCGGGUUUCGAUUAUUGGUUUCCAUUGAUGGAGUUUGACGUCCAGCUUGCGCUUGUAGAGUUUGCAGUUCCUUUCGUUCAGAUUUUGGGAUCCAUUCUUUUGUUCUUGGGAUUUCUCUUUCUCUUCAUUCAGGAGGAGAAAGGAUAUGGUUUCUUCAAAUUGGAAAAGCAUGCUUUGAACAUGCUUAUUGCUGGUCCUGUUUUAUGGGUGCUUGGAUCCAUCCACAAUUCUUGUCAAAUCUAUGAGAGAGCUGAUGGCCAUGUUCAAAUCCUGCAACAAAGUGUUCAACUCCCUUUCUUGAUGGGAAGCUUAUUCUUAAUGGUGGGCGCCAUUAUCAAUUCCCGAGAGCAAGCCAGUGUCAUGCACCAUGGAUUACACCUACUGGGAAGCACUUGGGUCUGGUUGGGGAUCGUUGCGAGCAUAUUGUUCUUCAUUGGAGGGAUAUCGAACGUGGUGAAAGUGUUCAAAAUGCAGCAAGUUAACGUGCUACGGCUCGAGAAACUGCGAGGAGGAGCGCAAGAGAGACUGGUUGAAGAAAGGGAAGGCCAUGUUCCGCUCCUUAUAGAAGAACAACGAAGGAUAAAAAAGCCGCCGCCUGCUCUGGUCGAAAACAACGCCACAAACCCACCAGCAAAACCUCCAACGCCUUACAAGGAUGUGCUUAUUCGCCAGAUCACUUGAACGACGUAGUUUCAAUUGAUUAAUAUUAUAAUCACCAUAUUAGGAUUUCUAAUAUUCGUUUAUGUUCAUUAAUUUAUUGGACUCACAAUUCUCGACUGAGUUCCACGCUGCCUAGCUCAUGUAAUGAAUGGAUAAACUUUGAUGCC